AUGUUAGUUCUAUUAAAUUCCAUUAAAAUUCCACGUCAUAUUUCGUUAAAAAAUGCAAAUGAAUUUGAACUACAUGGAUUUUCAGAUGCAUCAAUUAAAGCAUACGGAGCUUGUGUUUACUUACGAGCUACUAAUUCUUAUAAUAAUUGUUCGGUUCAAUUAGUAUGCGCAAAAUCCAGAGUGGCUCCAAUAAAACCUACUACGGUUCCGCGAUUAGUACUGCUUGGUGCUUUGUUACUUACCGAUCUUGUUAAUAAAGUUAGAACAGCUUUAAAUCUAGAAAUUAAAAGAGUAGUGUACUGGACGGACUCUAGUGUUCUGAUAGGAUGGCUAGGAACUGAUCCUAGUAAAUUACAUACAUUCGUUGGAAAUCGCAUUGCGCGAAUUCUUGAUUUAUCGAGAGCGUCUGAUUGGCGCUACGUUUCAACCGAGCACAACCCCGCAGACCCCGUUUCACGCGGCAUAGACUCGGGAGCCCUCGCGGAUUUAACAAUAUAUUGGUGUGGUCCUGUAUGGUUAAAGCAAGAUGAGUCGUUAUGGCCACGUAGAACGUUUCGUUCUGAAAGUUUACCGGAAAUAAAGGUUAACGUUCUAAAAGCUACUAUAAUUGAAGAAUGCGUUAUUCCGUUCACGCGCUUUUCGACCCUAUUUCGGCUACAACGUGUAAUAGCAUAUUGUCUAGGGUUCAUUAAUAAUUGUUCAAAUAAAUCUGAUAAACGAAUGGGUUCUUUAAAAUGUUCGGAAUUGAAUGAAGCGCAAAUUUAUCUAAUCAAAUGUAGUCAACGAAACUCAUUUCAGGAUGAAAUCAAUCAUUUAAGUGGCAAGGGCAGUUUGCCGCAGAAAAACGAACUAACUAAAUUAAACGUAUUUCUUGAUCACACUGGUAUUAUGCGCGUAGGCGGUCGAUUACGCAAUUCGUCUUAUAACGUUGAUAAAAAGCACCCGAUGCUACUUCAUAGUAAACACGUGUUAACGCGGUUGAUCUUCGAACACGAACACGUACAACUUCUUCAUGCAGGUCCGCAACAUUUACUAGCUUCAAUACGGGAUCGGUAUUGGCCGAUUGGGGGGAGAAAUCUUGCCAAAAAGGUAAUCUUUAAUUGCAUGCGUUGUUUUCGAGUAAAACCGCGGGUGUCGCAGCCUAUUAUGGGCGAUUUACCAUCGCAACGUGUUACUCCAGCACCUCCGUUCAGUACCACCGGCGUCGAUUACGCUGGCCCGUUUCUUUUGAAAGAUCGGAAAGGUCGCGGUUCUAAAACUUCAAAAUGCUAUAUUUGUCUAUUUGUAUGCUUUAUAACACGUGCUAUACACCUUGAAUUGGUGUCGGAUUUGACUUCUGAAUGUUUUAUUGCAGCACUGCGGCGUUUUGUUGGUCGCCGUGGAAAGCCGUCUCAGAUUUUUUCGGAUAACGGUACCAAUUUCGUCGGCGCGAAUCGCGAGCUUCACGAGUUAGGAACGUUCCUACAAGGUUCCAAUCAAUUAACCGAUGUGAUUGAGAAUGAGUCGAUUAAUUGGUCAUUCAUUCCCCCUAAUUCGCCUCAUUUCGACGGUUUAUGGGAGGCAGGUGUUAAAGCAACCAAAUAUCAUUUAAAGCGGGUCGUUGGCAAUGCAAUACUUACCUUUGAACAAUUUUAUACGCUGUUGAUUCAAAUUGAAGCUAUCCUAAAUUCUCGCCCUUUGUCACCCUUGUCCACGGAUCCCAAUGAUCUAACACUCUUAACUCCUGCGCAUUUCUUAAUUGGGAGAACGCUUUCGGCCCCACCAGAUCCAAGCCUGGAUCACGUCAAGUUAAGUCGGCUGUCCCACUAUCACUAUACGCAACGAAUUCAGCAAGACUUUUGGAAGCGUUGGUCAAAGGAAUACAUUUCGAAACUCCAACGCCGUUCCAAGUGGUCAACUAAAACAGAGAAUCUUAAAAUUGAUGAAUUGGUUGUAGUAAAGGAUGACAACUUACCAACAUUGAAGUGGUUAUAUGGUCGCAUUAUCGCUUUACACCCUGGAUCCGAUGGUUUCGCAAGAACAACCAAUAAACUUUGCCCGCUUCCAAUGACAAAUUAG